UGUUUCAUUAAGUAUCAAGACCAUCGACAUCAGCGUUCGUUUAUGGGACGAAUUCAACUGGAAUUGAUCAUUUCCGGGCCCUGGCAAUUUCGUUUGUGGACAUUAGCGUGUUGAAAUGGACCGUCUAAUAUUUGAUUGUUAGCACUUUAAACAUAAGAAACCUGUUAGAGAAUUAUAAUUGUGACAGUCGAUCGUUGAAUAGGAGUUGUGGAAAUAUGACGGAAUUAAAGGAGCGAAAGAAGGGGGAGACCAACCAUGGUUUUGAAUCUGAGAAUGAAAAUGGACUAACACCGUACAAUGAAAAAGCCAUUGAGAUCAUCGACGCUGUCGACAAUGGCGAAGGUGUGAAGCUGAAAAGAGACGUUGGGUUAUUAGGAGCUUUCUCUUACGUGGUCGGAUCGAUGAUCGGAUCAGGAAUCUUUGUAUCACCCAAAGGAGUACUCGCUUCAACAGAGAGUGUGGGAAUGAGUCUCGUUAUAUGGGUUGCAUGCGGUAUAAUCGCCAUGUUAGGUGCUUUGGUGUAUACCGAGUUGGGUCUGAUGCUACCUAAAUCGGGCGCUGAGCACACAUACUUGAAUACGACCUUUGGAUCGUCCAUAGCCUUUGUGUAUGCGUGGGUGAGCAUCACGGUGAUUCGCCCUGCUGGGAUUGCUAUCAUCUCACUCACAUUCGGUCAAUACAUGGUGGCGCCCUUUUACACGGGAGAAGAAUGUGGACCACCUGACUCAAUCGCAAAGCUCUUAGCUGGAUGUUGCAUUGUCUUACUGGCAAUAAUUAAUUGUUACAGUCUGAAGGCUGCAGCUCGAGUUCAAAUCAUCUUUACUGUUGCUAAAAUUCUAGCACUUAUUGUUAUCAUUAUCCUCGGCUUCGUGGAGAUUGCUCAAGGAAACACUGAAUACCUAGACCCGAAGGUAUCAUUCAAAGGUUCUGCUUCUAAUGUUGCUGCCUAUGGACUCGCAUUCUAUGCUGGUCUCUGGUCUUACGAUGGAUGGAACACGUUGAAUUUUGCAGUAGAAGAAUUGAAAAACCCAGAAGUAACUCUUCCUCGUGCUAUUAUGCUUGGUCUACCAGUGACUACCCUCGUCUAUCUCCUGACAAACAUUGCCUACUUCACUGUCCUCAGUCCACAACAACUUCUUCAAUCAGACGCAGUCGCUGUGACAUUCGCGCUACAGACCAUGGGUGAUGCCUAUUGGUUAGUCCCUAUCGCAGUCGCCAUGUCAACAUUCGGAGCUGCUAAUGGUAUCUCCUAUAUCGCUUCAAGGUUAGCUUACUCAGUUGCACAAGAAGGUCAUUUCCCUCAAGUAUUAUCAAUGGCGCAACACAAGAGAGUCACACCAGUUGUAUCAUUGAUCGUUGUGUCUUUGAUUGCAUUGAUUCUUCUGGUGCUACCAACAAGCUUGGAUAGUUUGCUGAAUUAUUUCAGCUUUGCUUCAUGGUUCUUCUAUGGCAUCACCGCAUUCACCUUCCUUUACCUCCGAUACAAACAUCCAGAUUGGAAGAGACCAUACAGGGUGCAUUGGUUGGUAGCAGUUUUCCUCCUCGUCGCCUCUGUGUAUUUCAUUAUCGCACCGUUAAUCAACGACCCCGCCCUCGAGUACCUCUUUGCUGCUAUCUUUAUGUUCGGUGGUUUGAUAUUUUGGGUGCCUUUCAUUCACUACGGAUAUGAACCAAAGUUUAUGGAUUAUUUCACGACGUUCUGUCAACUCUUUUUCGAGCUUGUCCCGACACACAACACAGAAUUGGAGGAUCAAACUACCAAGGAGGUAGAAGAUAAGAGCAUAAUGCCAAAUGAAGAUGACUAAAGAAUCAAGUUCCUUAGAAUGAAGUGUCUUGUGCCGCUUGUAUAUGCUACCACGCUGAUUCAAGAACACAUCUUGAAUUAAGCACUGAGAAAUAUCUACGGACAUACGUACAUUGGAAAACAUGUCCUGCGACUAUUUACUUUGACAAUCUAUACACAUAUUGUAAAUUUCCAUUUGUUCCUAUUGCAAAAUUGCUCAGAUCAUUUGGUCAAUCAACAUUUCCUCCAAAAACUAGUUUGUCCAAAAAUCCCUUUAUCCCAUGACCCAUUUUGUCCUAUUAAUAUUUUUUUGGACCACCUGUAUUGUGGUAGACCGAAUGAAUUUAAACAAUCUGGGUAUUGGACCAAAUGGCGAUAAACCAUACCAAUUGCUGCGUUAGUCUAACGACUUAAUUCAAGUUAAUAUUCUUGCAAAAAUAAGGGCAGUUGUUGAUAUGAAAGCAUUCACCUCACUUUGAAAUUCAUUUCUGCUGGGCUAUAUACCGAUAAUGAUCCGUCAAAAAUAUGAUGUCUUAGUUUUAUUAUGGAUAUGUUUAUGACGUCUGAUCAUAACGCUCGGGAGCUAUCAACACCGUGUUAUUUAAUAAACGUAAGUUGGUUGAGAUUUUCUUGAUUAAUAUUGCAUAAUAAUUGUCAGCUAUUGUUAUACGGCUAUAGGGUAAUAAUAUGAUUGCAGGGCCCUCAAGGAGAACAGUAUUAAAACUAUAAAUGAGGCUUAUUAUUAUUAUUUAGCCUCUCAAAGCCCACCAUGAUGCUAACUUGUAUGGCAUGCGUCAUCCUCCAAUUGCAUGUUACUCUGUAAAUAUAUUAUGUUUAGGGUAUUACAAUUAGACUAACAUAGGUCUACUUAACUAGAGACGUACAGGAAAGUAAUAACAUAGUACUAUAACAAUGUUAAAGCUCUGCAAUUUUAUCCUUCGUAUUCAUUUCCGAUUUUUUUCUUCUUUAGAUUUUAAACACUAAGCUGUAAUAUGUUAUCUAAAUUCAAAUACGUGCAAUAAUAUUUUGUCUUAUUACCACGAAAUUUGGCCUUUUCUCUCCAGGUAAUGGUAAAUCGAAUGAUAUAUCAAAACAUGUUUAAAUUUAACUCGCUUUUAUUACCUGAUCUCUACCUAAUCGGGAAUACUAAUUCCUGUAUGGCUGUAUAUAAUAUCUUUGGUAAACCAGUUUAUUCGUCAACCCUUCAAGGCUCAUCAUGUAUAUUAGAAAUUAUCGUGAUUAUCGUUCGUAUAGAAAAGAUAAACAUUAUUGCGCUACCUCAGCCUGAAAUCUGAUAUGAAUGCAAACAAAUAUGAAAUGUAACGAUGCAGAUAAACUAUCCAGCAAAUUUAAUACUAAUUUGACUGAAGAAGAUGAAUAUUAAAUAUAUUUUAUCUCUAGAAA